GUUUAUACCACACCUUUAUAUGUUAAAAAUAAAAUUUUUUCCAUUCUUUUUUUUUAUUUGGAUUUUAAUUUUCCAGAUUUGAUUGUAUAUAAAAGUUCAUCUCCAGCUGUAAGGUGUUUAUUUAUUUUUACACCCCAAAAAAAAGGUUCAUCAACACAUCAUAUCCGAAUUGACCAUUCGAUAUAAAGGAUCGACGGACAGAUUUUAUUGUUUUGUUUAUUUAUCAUUUUUUUUUUGACAUUUGAAAACCGUUCGAAAAAAAAUGUCAUCAAAAGAUUAUGCAGCCGAACAAUUGGCGCGAUUGAAACGAAUGAAUUUAUCGAAUCAUAAUGAUAACAAGAAAAUGGAUGUAAAAGAAGAAAAUAUGACAACCAUAUUCGGUAAACCGGUUGCAGAUUUGAAAAAUUCACUUACUAUUGGACCACAAGGACCUAUUCUAUUGCAAGAUGUUCAAUUUUUAGAACAACUUGCACAUUUUGAUCGUGAACGGAUACCGGAACGUGUUGUACAUGCAAAAGGUGCCGGUGCUUUUGGCUAUUUUGAAGUGACAUCCAAUGCCAUUACCAAAUAUUGUAAAGCUAAAUUAUUCGAUACUGUUGGUAAACGUACACCGGUUGCUGUAAGAUUUUCAACUGUUGGCGGUGAAUCUGGUUCCGCAGAUACUUUACGUGAUCCACGUGGAUUUGCUGUUAAAUUCUAUACCGAACAAGGCAAUUGGGAUCUAGUUGGAAAUAAUACACCGAUAUUUUUUAUUCGUGAUCCAAUUCUAUUUCCAUCGUUUAUUCAUACACAAAAACGAAACCCACAAACAAAUCUUAAAGAUGCUAAUAUGAUUUGGGAUUUCUUUUCACUUGUACCAGCUACUACACAUCAAUUUUCAUUUUUAUUCUCCGAUCGUGGCAUACCUGAUGGUUAUCGCCAUAUGAAUGGUUAUGGAUCACAUACAUUCAAAUUGGUCAAUGGCCAAGGUGAAGCUUUUUAUACGAAAUUUCAUUUUAAAACACAACAGGGUAUUAAGAAUUUGGAUGUCAAUACUGCUACACGUUUGGCAGGUGAAGAUCCUGAUUAUUCUAUACGUGAUUUGUACAAUGCAAUCGAGAAUAAAAAUUUUCCCAAAUGGAAAUUACACGUACAAAUAAUGACAUUCGAUCAGGCAAAAACAUUUAAAUAUAAUCCAUUUGAUUUGACUAAAAUUUGGCCACAUAAAGAAUAUCCAUUGAUUGAAGUUGGCGAUCUAGUUUUGGAUAGAAAUCCACAGAAUUACUUUGCUGAAGUUGAACAAAUGGCUUUCUCUCCGGCUAAUAUGGUACCCGGUGUUGAACCAUCACCUGAUCGAAUGUUACUUGGUCGUCUUUUUUCCUAUACUGAUACCCAAAGACAUCGACUUGGAGCAAAUUUUCAUCAAUUACCAGUGAAUCGACCAAAAUGUCCGGUUAUGAAUCCAACAAUACGUGAUGGACCAUAUUGUUAUGAUGAUAAUUGUGGUGGACAACCAAAUUAUUGGCCAAAUUCAUUUUCAAAUUGGAAAACUGAUCAAUGUCAUCGUGACCAUUGUGAUCAGACCGCUGGACAUAUUGAUCGUCAUGAUAACAACAAUGAUGAUAAUUUUGAACAGGUUACUGAAUUUUGGAACAAUGUACUAUCGAAUGAUGAACGUGAACGUUUAGUGAAUAAUAUUGCUGAACAUAUGAGUCAAGUAGAUCCAAUGAUACAGGAAAAAGCAGUACGUAAUUUUGAACGUGUACAUCCGGAUUUUGGUGGCAAAUUACGUACAAUACUAAAUCUUCAUAAAUGAAUGUGUCCAAACAUGAAAAACAAACAAAACAAAAAAAUUAUCAUCAAACCACAUCAUAAUUUGCCCACAAGAUUUAACGUAGCAGUAGAUGUUCCAGAAAAAAAUCAUAGAUAACAUUCCAUUGUCUUCGUAACAAAAUAACUAAACUAAACUUUUAUUUCAUAUUUUCUUCUGUCUUUUAAUUUGAUCGUCAUUUUUCCCAUUAGUAGAAUAUAAUCGAUGAUGAACAUUUUCAUUCAAAACGACAUCAUAAUAAUCUAGAAACAAAUCUAAAUUUUAUAAACAAUAACAAUAAUAAUGAUGAUGAUGAUGAUAAUCAUAGAAUACAUACAUUAUAUAAUCUAGCUCGUUUGAUCUUUACAACAUCACAACGUUUAGCACCGAUUUGUCGUACAGUUAAUUGUUCAUCAAUAUCACAAUCACAAACACAAUCAUCACCAGCAUCAAGAGCUAUUUCGGAGGCAGCAACAGCUGCCACACGAUCAUUGUUACAAUCAACAAUAUGUGGUAGUACAAAUGAUAUAAAUGAAACAACAAAAUCAAAACAACGAUUCAAAUAAUAAACUAAUUAUACUAAUACCGUAAUACAGGAACCGGAAUGACAGGAAAAAAAACUUGAAAAACUUUGAUUCAUUUCAAUGAUUUUUUUUUUUAAUUUUUUAGGCAAAAUUUUAAAGUCAACAUUUUUUUUUUGGGGCCGGAAAUUUUCAACUAUUUUAACUCAGCCUGACACACACACACAUUUAUGAUUGUAAUAAUAAUAAAUAAAUAAUUGAAUCAUCA